GCUUUCUCUCAAUCUCUCUUUCUUUCUCUCUCUCUCCUCUAUUUCUUUCUUUCUUUCUUACAAGUGAAGGACUCGCCAUAUUUAUCCCACUCAAUCAAAAACUCAAUUUACAAGGACAAACCAAAGCUCUCUUUCUCUUCAAUUACCCGCCAAAAGGAUUCCCAAAACCCCAUCUUUUUUAUGGAGUUUGUUCGGUGACAUAUGGAUACGGACAGGGAAACUAGAUCUAUUGAUUCUCUCGAGGUUAGAUCGGGGGAAAAACGAUCUGGGGAUGGGGAAUUGGAAUGUCCUUUGCCGAAGAAGGCUAGGAAUGGACAAGUCUUGGUUGGGAGUGUGAAUAAGGUGGCGGAGAUGGCUUUGGUGUUGGCUGCUUUGGCGGAAAUGAGAGCUGGGAGAAGUCCUACUGCGGUUGAGAGACGGAUGAUGAUGGAUGCUAGGGAGAGAUUAGCUAGGGUUUGUGAAUGUUUUGCUCCUAAGGAUGUAUUUCCUAGAGAGGCUUUUGGGUCUAUUAUUGAUGAUUUGGGACUUAAUGAAUUGAAGGAACAGAAAUUAGGGUUUCGUCCUCCUAAGAUGACCAUUUCUGAGAAGUUGCUGUUCACGAAACAAAAGAUGGAAAAAACUGAAGAAUUUUCUGUCCAUUCAGCUGUUCCUUCAUCUCAGCAGUCACAUUUGGCUAUGGCAACUGAAGGGCGCACCCCAAUGAAUAUCACUAGAAUUUCAUCGUCUGACAAACCAGUUCAUGCACAAGUUUCUUCAGGUGCAAUCCAGCCUGCCAAGCCUGUAGCUUCUCCGUAUCAGGUGUCAGCGAGUGAAGUUAGAGCUUCCGUGGUUUCUGGUGGAUUACCUGCUAGUCUUGUAGGAAAGGAUUCUCCAACAUCUUUUCUGCCUAGGGCAGACAAGCCGCAUCUCAGAUCAGACACAAGAUCAAAUGGGCCAUCUUAUACAUCACCGGUUCAGGCUUCUGUUCCUGGAGGCAAAAUGAUGGCAAAACCUCAAGACUGGUCUCGCCAAACUGGACCAGAUAGCAGGUUGCUGCAGCAACCUUUUCCUAAGGCACAUGGAAAUAUUAAACUGGAAGGAAAUAUUAGUUUUGAUGGCUCAAGGAUAACUUAUCAAUCUAUGUCAUCUAAACCAGUGAACACACAAGUGCCAUCUUCUUCUCUUCCAGUAAUGCGUCAAAGUGUGCAAAUGGUUCAACCUCCAUUGCUUAACAACAAUCACAUUGAGAUUGGAAAACUUGUCCACAAGCUGCUACAACCAAAAACGGGGCACCCUGCAUGGACUCCUCCAUCAAGGGAUUAUAUGAAUAAGGCUAUCACUUGCGAUGUAUGCAAGAUUACCAUUAAUGAUUUGGAUAAUGUCCUUGUUUGUGAUUCCUGCGAGAAGGGAUACCAUCUAAAAUGUCUUCAGUCUCACAACCAGAAGGUAAUUCCAAGAGGAGAGUGGCAUUGUUUUCAGUGUUUAUCAUUAAGCAAUGGAAAACCCUUGCCCCCUAAAUAUGGUCGUGUGACAAGAAAUAUGAGCACACACAAAGCACCUUCAAACAGCACGGAUAGUCAUCCAUCUGCUGAGAAGAAAGCAGAGAUAUUCGGGGUGCUUAAGCAGAAGAAUGUAAUAGCAAAUGGCACUGCCGGUAUACAAAGUUCAUCUGCUGACAGCAUAAAUCAGGAAAAUAAUCAGCUUACUUCUACUGCAGAGAUUCCAAAUGUUGGAGAAAUGCGAGCAGAUGAUACCGUUUCUAGCAAAGACGGUACAUUUGACAAGUGUCGUAUAGAAACAUAUUCUAUUGUCACUAUCAGGCAACCACAACUGAAACCUGAUCUGGCUCCUGCUGCCACUAGCUUGUCCAAUGAGAAUUCAAUCAAAAGGAAACAAAUUACUGAAUUGAAUGGAAAGCCACAGGCAGAACCAUCAGAAAAAAUGGACAAGAUGUCAAGUCAAUCACAAACAUCAAGUGAUUCCAACAAUAUGGAUAAUAAUCAGCUCUCUUCUUGUGAUGGCAUUCCACUAAAUGAAUCACAUGACAACAAUAGGGUCAGUGAUUCUGGGAAAUGUAACGGUGGCGGAACUUUUGGUAAAACAUUGAACCAUGCUAUAAAGCUAAAUCCAGAUAGAGUUGCACAAGUUCCCAACACUGUUAAUACAAAUGCGCAUACAGACCUGAGUGAUAAGUCAAACUCAGAUGGUUCUUUGGAUAUUACUUGGAUAGGUAACAUUCUCGAAGUUGUGGAUGAUCAGAAUUACUAUCAGUCAUGUUGUAUCAAUGGGACUGUGUAUAGAUUACACCAAUAUGCUCUUUUUCCUUCUGCAAAAGGAAAAUUGAUGCCUUCUAAGAUUCAGGCUAUGUGGGAGGACAUAAAAACUGGAUUGAAGUGGGUUAAUGUCAAUCUAUGUUAUUUUCCUGAUGAAUUGCCCGAGACAAUUGGUCGCCCAUGCUCUCGCGAAAGUAAUGAGGUCUUUGAGUCCAAUCAUGGUCAGAAUAUAAUGGCCAGUUUGCUUAGAGGCCCUUGUGAAGUUCUUCCUCCUGGAAGAUUUAAUGAAGAGAAUGAAAGAAGAUCUAGGUCAGGGACUGGUACAACUUAUAGACUGCAGCCUAUUUUUCUCUGCAAGUGGUUUUUCGAUGAAAAGAAAGGUGUAUUUAGAGAUGUGUUGACAUAGGUCCGAAAAUAUGUUAGUUUGUUUCAGGCUUCUUAUUCAGUCUCUUCUUGAAGCAGGCCAGGCAAAUCUAAUUCCUUCAAUGAGGUAGGUUAUAAAGAAUGAUGUGAUUUGAUUUAUGAAAACUGGCGGGGUAGUAGUUGCUGAUGAACACUCCAUUUGUACAAUAAUAAUAAUAAUAAUAGUAUGUAGAAUGAAUUUAGCCUUAGUUUGUAUGGAUUUUCUAUAGUUUUAGUGACAUAAACUUUUUUUAUUUAUUUUUCCUUAAAAUAUUUGUAUUAGAUAUUGGAAGUGUAAGGUUCAAGAAAUAUUGUUCUGACAUACCAAGAAUGUAAUUUUUUUU